AAAAGAAAAGUUAAUUAGGUUCCAACCAAAUAACUCCCCUCCCAAAAUUUUAAUUCUUGCUUCUCAUCCGCUCCCCUACGUUUCACCAAAUUCUCGUAAUUAGGGUUCCUAAUCUCCAUGGAAAUCCACUGGUAAGGUAAAAAUCCUCCACUCUUUCUUGAUUUCCGCACUUGAUUUAACUGUAUUGUCAACUAAAAUCACUUUGAUUUCACCGAUUUCGAGUGCCCCUGAUCGGUGGAGAUUGGUGAAGGCUCAUAGGAAGGUCGAGCUUCCGACUGAUGAUGACAUGGGGAGCAGUGAAGUCGGGCAUAAUGCUCUUGGUGCCGGACGAAUUUUUGCUCAAGGUGCAAAACUUGUUGAUAAUGCUCUUGCCUCUGAAAAAUUUACGAAGACGAAGGUUUCAGUUACAUCAAAGAAUCUUUCGCAAAUAACACCUUGUACCUUAUUGGAUUGAUGAGUGGUGUGGACGUGCACUCGCGCCUUGAUCAGUUACAGUUGCUGCUCAAAGGUGCUAGUGAACACGAUGCCAAGAGGAUACGUGUUCAUGUACUUACUGAUGGCCGUGAUGUUGUGGAUGGUUCAAGUGUUGGAUUUGCAGAGACACUUGAAAAGGUUCUUGCAGAGCUACGUGGGAAAGGCAUUGAUGCGCAGGUUGCAUCUGGCAAUGUAUUACUUGAGUUUAUAGUUGCAGUUGUUUGGCAGUUAGUAGAGGCAGCAUUAGGAGAUGAGGGGCUUCUAGAACUUACCAAAGAAAGAACACAUAAAUGGAAUGUUCCUCAAGACAUGGAGAUAGAAAAGAGGAAUAAGAUUUUGCAGGGUAGAAAUACAGUUAUGGCGGUUGAGCUGAUCGGGCUUUUCCUGCAGAAUCAAAUAACUUCCAGGAUUCUUUUGUUGGCUCGCCGAAACAUGCCCACACAUUGGAGAAGUUUGGUUCAGGAUAUAGAGGUUCUUGCUGUCAACUCAUCAGCACUAAGAAAUUCAAAGGUGAUGACACCAGAAACUCUGCUUCAGUUAAUAUCAGAUGAUCAUAAAGUUGUGUCUGAAGGAAAAAAGCGAAUUAUUUGCAAGAAAUUCACACAUUAAUGUCUUCAUCUGUUGGUAUCUCUCAGAAAGUCAGAAUGUUAAACCAACACAUGGUCCACAAGUCGGCAAGGCUUGGCAUGCUCUAAAUAUACAGCCUCUUUUCAAGAUUUUGAACCAACUGCUCAACAAUUCUCUUCUGACACGAAUAAAAGUCAUACAGGAUCUACUCUGGCAGACCAAAAUUUGGAUGAUACUGAUAUUAAAUAUAGUAAUCAUGGGCUUGUGAUUGAACCAUUAGCAACAGUUCCCACUUCUGUUGCUAAAGCUAGAAGGGCUGAUACUAAGAAUGCCUGUGGAAGUGACAUUAAUGCUGUGUUGAAGCAAGAGGGUUCAUAUUUGGUCCUCCUAUUGCAUAGGCUCUUGGUGAGAAAUUUGUUCCGAUCAGAAAACCCAACAAGUUACCUGAUUGAAAAGUUGAACUUAGUUAUCAAGGAGCUCGUUAAGGAAAAAGAUGAAGAAAAAGAAAAGUUCAAUGGAAUUAUUGCGGGGUUGUUGGCUGACAAAGAAAAAGAUAAGGUGGAUAAAGAUGCGUUGCUUGAUAGGAUGUCACAAAUUGAAGCUAUGUUAACAGCUACAGUUCGAAGAUAUGCUAUAAACACUUGGUUUUGAAUGUUUAGAUGUUUAUCUUAUUAGGAUAAUUUUAGUUAGUUUAUAUUUUAGUUGGUAUUUUUUA